CACUAGUUCAGUAGUGCAGCUAUAAAGAACAGACCCAAUAUCAAAUAGUGUGUGAGUGGCGUUGGAGCAUCUAUUGUAUGCACAGAGCCAUUUACUGAAGAAGAAGAAUAUCAAAUAGUAUUUGUUCGUGACGAAUUAAUAAGAAAUACUCGUAUUUUCGCUCUUGUUUGCUUUUUUUUUUUUAUGUCAGUGCUACUUCACCUUUUAACAUAUUUUGGAAUUAUUUUAGAAACACGUGUAAUACACAUAUACGCAUAUUACUGAAGAAUAAAAUGUAUAUUUAAAAAUGAAUGUAAUUGAUGUAGCUGAAAGAAAGCGUUUGCAAUCUUUAAAGGAGAAGAAACUGGUGUUUCAAGAAAGGGAGAAGAUUAUACAGAAUGCAUUAGCUAAUUUACAUAACACACGCAAUAACAAAAUUAUUUUUGACGAUGACUUUGGUGAAAAUCAGCAAAGUCCAAAACUAGAAGAGAAAAAAAAAGUUAAUUUGUUUGAUGACGACAAUAAUGAUAAUGAAGAUUCUCUAUGGAAUGAGGAUACAUUCAACGCUAAAAAACAUAAAAAAGUUAUUCUUGGUUAUGAUGCAAGAUUUACCUUAGAUAAACGUUUUACUGAAAAUGAUCAUCAGAAUGAGGUUGAAGUUAUUGCUGAUAUUAAUGAAUGUGACUUGCAAAAAGAGAAGGAGAGAGAACUAAAUAUAUUAGAAAGUGUCUUGGGAGCACCUGUUACACACACAAUGAAAAGUCAAGAAGCAAAAACAUCUAAAAAAGGAUUGAUGAUACGGUAUGAUCCAACUGAAAAAAAACAUUGCGAGUAUGAAAUGAAACCUAUACAAUCUGAAACAAAGGAGAAAAGUUCCAAGAAGAAGAAAUCUGAAAAGGCAGAAAUCGAGAAAUCUGUACCUGUGGAAGUAUCCAAAGAUAUAUAUUACACUAUAUCUGAAACUCUGACAGAAAGCUUGAAAAACAACGAAAAAUUUAGUUUACUGAAAACAUGCAGGAGAGAAAAGAACGAUACAGAUGUCGAUGACCGUGACGCUGAAAAUAAUGAUAUUAAUCAUGCCGAUAUAUCUAGGAAAAAUGAUAAAGAUGAACAAUUUAAAUUUCAUUUUAGUGCGAAGAAUACAUCUAAAUACGAAUCUGAUAAUGAAAAUAUAAAUGAAACAUUCGAUAUGGAUAUACAAGUGGUUGAGCAGUCUGAAGAUAAUAAUUGUAUAAAUGGCCUGUUUGGAUAUAAAGAUACUCUCUUUUUAAAAGACGAUGAUGUGCGAUUUAACGAGGCUGUGAGAUUCUUCAACAUAGAAGCUGUAUCAAAUGAUGAGUUUAAGAAUUUGAGACGUGAGUUGAAAGUUAUCGUACGUACAAAGAUUCGCAGAAAUGAAAGAAAAUAUCAGUCAUGGAAUAAGAAAAGGAAAUUAAAAAGAUCAUAAUAUUUUUCCAUUGUCUUUCGAUUCUAUAUGAAAGUUUGAUAUGUAAAAUAGCAUAUUAUAUAUAUUGUAAUUUGUAUAUAUACAAGUUUAUGAGUUUAUUGACCGUUUUUUAUGAAGAACGAUUUUUAUACAGAAAUAAUUUAACAAGUUUAACAAAUUGCAAUCCAUUUUUAAUAAAAGUUAUAUAGUUUUUCGACAAAAAUACAUAGCUGUUUAUGUAUUAAAAGGAAUUCUUAUACAUACCAU